UAUAAACAAAAAGAUAAAACUGUGUCUUUUCAACACACCCAAAAAUCUCCUUCUUUCCUCUUUUCAACAUCAAACUCACCCAUGCUCAUUAAUCACCAAUAACCACCACUUUCCAAACAAUUAACCCCAAAAUUCAACAACAAAUCGGCAUCCUCAUCCGUCAAAUUGCUUCAGGUGAUAUAUUUGAGCAAUAUGCAGAGCCAAAUAGUGUGCAGUGGUUGUAGAAGCAUUUUGUUGUACCCUAGAGGAGCUUCUAAUGUUUGCUGUGCGUUAUGUAAUAUUGUUACUUCAGUUCCUCCACCAGGGAUGGAAAUGGCCCAACUGAUCUGUGGAGGUUGUCGCACAUUGCUAAUGUAUGCACGUGGUGCUACAAGUGUUAGAUGCUCAUGCUGCCAUAUUGUAAAUCUUGCACCUGUUCCAAACCAGCUUGCCCAAAUCAGCUGUGCAAAUUGCCGAACAAUGCUGAUGUAUCCAUUUGGUGCUCCUUCGGUUAAGUGUGCAGUCUGUCACUACAUUACAAAUGUCAAUACUAGCAAUGGAAGAGUUCCCGUUUCAGCGCCAUUGCCAUCUUCUUCGACAGAAAUGCCUCAUCGGGUUAAACAAUUUAAUACGUAUUCUACAGGAAAUGCCUCAUCCGCAGACUCAAACCGUUGUCGUUGAAAAUCCCAUGUCCGUUGAUGAGAACGGGAAACUGGUAAGCAAUGUUGUUGUCGGGGUUACAACGGAUAAGAAACCAAAUUGAAACGAUUGGCAUGACGGGUUGGUCUCGUAUUGAUUAUUUGAUGAAUGAAUAUGGGUCAUUAGUAGUUGAAUUUGUAUACUAUUAGAACAGGAAAAAACGGUCCAUCAUAUUAUGUUAUUGUAAUUUAGAUUGUUGAGAAAAAUGGAUGGCUUGAUGUGUUGAUUUGUGAUGGGAUAUCGUUAAUAGAAUGCGUUUUGCCGGAUUUGGUAUAAACAA